AGUGUAGGAAAAUACAAAUCAAACAAAACUAUUGCCCGGCGCUUUCACCGAACAUUCUCAAGAUAAACGUAAAUGAUCGUUUGACAGUUGUAGAAUUAAAGCGAAUUUUUUGAGUAUUCCAUAUAACAUUGCAAAAAAUGUCGAAUGUGUUCUGGGAGAAUUUAGUCAAGUUGUUAUCAAUACUUUUAUUAUCUGUUUUAAAAAACAGCGAAUGCUCUGUGAGUGGCAAUGAGUACAUGAAACGUGAGCAUUCAUUGAUACGUCCCUUUCAAGGCGUUGGCGUAAAUUUACCAUAUUGGGAUUUCUUAGGUCACACUAUGGUAACUAGUAACUACAUAAGACUGACGCCGGACUUGCAGUCUAAAAGCGGUGCACUUUGGAAUUACUCGCCCGUAAUGACGCGUAAUUGGGAGUUGCAUGUGACAUUUAAAGUACACGGUAAAGGCAAUGAACUGUAUGGGGAUGGUUUUUCAAUUUGGUACACCAAAGAACGUAUGCAACCAGGCCCUGUUUUUGGCAGCAAAGAUUACUUUUCUGGUUUAGCGGUUAUUCUAGAUACGUACAGCAAUCACAACGGUCCACAUAAUCACCAACAUCCCUACCUCAGUGCUAUGAUUAAUAAUGGCACAUGGAGUUAUGAUCAUGAUCGCGAUGGUACACAUACACAACUGGCAGGUUGUGAAGUGCGCUUCCGCAAUGUAGACUUUGAUACACAUGUGAGCAUACGUUAUGAGAAUGAUAUACUUUCCGUGUCUACGGAUAUGGAGAAUAAGGGUGAAUGGAAGAAUUGUUUUGUGGUGAACGAUGUUGAAUUACCAACCGGCUAUUUUCUGGGUCUGUCCGCGACAACCGGCGACCUCUCAGAUAGCCACGAUAUACUUGGCGUCAAAUUUUACGAUCUGGAUAUAAAUGUUUCGCCAGAAGAAAUUGCAUCACGUUCUAGUAUUUUACCGCGUGCGAAAACAUAUGAACCGCCACGGGAACACAAGGACGAUCCCAAACCGGGUAUGUCGAAUGCAAAGAUUUUCUUCAUACUCUUAUUCGGUAUGUUGAUUACGAUCGCCGGUGCCAUUUUUGCAAUCUCCUAUUUCAAAGAGAAAAAUUCAAGAAAACGUUUCUACUAAA